GGCAAAGGGUCCGCGAGAUCGGCAUUGAAGUCUCCAUCAUUUUUGGUGCUCUGUUCGUCGUCGGUGGAAGGCAGCCGGAUCGCUGUGAUAUUAUUUUGUUUACGAGAAAAGCCUAAAUGAUCUGACUGUCUUGAUCGGGGAUAUAGCAAAUAGCCUACGAUGAAGCCCACGGUGUUUCUGCUGACGCUGCUGGCAGCCUACGUGUGCCUGUGCAGCUGCGAGGAGGCUGCCAAGGAAGAAGAUGAAGUAUUACACCGGGAGAAGAGACAAGCUUUCGGAUUUCCUGGGUUCUCGUUCAACCCAGCAGCAGGUGGUUUUCAAGGGGGAUUCCGAAAUCCUUUCGGUGGUGGUAACAUUAACUUCAAUGUUGCCAACCCCUUCGCAGCGCAGCAGCAGUUCCAGCAAGGAGCUGGCGGCUUCAAUCCAGGAGCUGGAGGCUUCACUCCCGGAGGAGGUUUCAAUCCAGGUGGCGGUGUUGCAAUUAACCAAAGCCCCAAUUGCAACAGCAGAAGGAACAGACACAGGCCUGAAUGUCAAGGUGGCGGUGGUGGGGGAGGUCAAGGAGCGACCAAUGCCUUUGCCCAGAUCCCUUGGUUAAGCCAGCUGACACGAGAUGGUCAGAAUCUCUUGAUCCCCAAUUUGCCAAAGACACCUGCCUCUGCUGCUCAAAACAGAUUCUUCUUACUGGGAACAGGACAGCCAGAUGAACCAUUCCAGCAGUGUGUAACUCCUAAAUUCGAAGCUGGACAUUGUCGUUACCUUCAGCACUGCAUUUUGCCUGAAUUUUCCAACAGCUUUGCCAACUUCUUGAGAUAUGUCUGUUUCAUUAAUGGAAGAUACGUUGGUGUGUGUUGCCCGGAUAGUAGAAACCCAGGUGGAAUUACCCCAGCUCCUCCACCACCUCCCACACCACCCCCAACUCCAAGACCAACUACACCAGCUGCUGAUGCCAGAGGUUGUGGACUCAUUGCCAAGAGGCCACCUACUCGCAUCGUUGGAGGCCAGCCUGCUGAUCCUCAAGAAUGGCCUUGGAUGGCUGCCCUGCUCAGAAACGGAGCUACCCAGUACUGUGGUGGCGCCCUGAUUACUGAUCGCCACAUCCUCACAGCAGCUCAUUGCGUUGACGGAUUUGACCAAGCCACCAUCAAGGUCCGCCUUGGAGAGUACACUUUCGGUCAGACUGGUGACGCCAGGCAUGUAGACUUCAACGUAGCUGCCAUCAGAAUGCACGAGUCCUAUGACAGAAACACUUACAUCAACGACAUCGCUAUCAUGACCUUGGACAGGACCACUGAUUUCAAUGCUGAUAUUUGGCCUGUGUGCUUGCCUGAUGGUGAUGAGUCUUACGUGGGACAAAUAGCAACAGUCACAGGUUGGGGAACUAUUUACUAUGGCGGCCCAGUAGCGACAACUCUGCAGGAAGUAACUGUCCCCAUUUGGACCAAUGCCGACUGUGAUGCUGCCUACUCCCAGGACAUCAUUGAUAACCAGCUGUGUGCUGGAGUUCGUGAAGGAGGAAAGGAUUCAUGUCAGGGUGACAGCGGCGGUCCUCUGCUCUUGCGCCAAGGAAACGAGAACAGAUGGGCCGUUAUAGGGGUCGUCUCGUGGGGCAUUCGCUGCGCCGAGCCUGAAAACCCAGGAGUUUAUACCAGAGUUUCGAAAUACAAGACCUGGAUCAGGAAUAAUGCUGUUUAAAUAUAUUCUGUUCUUCUUCUUCUUCUUCUUCUACUCCUCCUUCUUUGCCUUCUACUUAUUGUCAAGUUAGAAACUGGAGCGUGACGAGGCUUUGAGAACGAUUUAAUUUAUGAUUUUUUUUUUUAACUACCAGAUGAAAGGGUGCUGUCAUUUUAUGAGUGAUAUGCUUCAAAGUAUACGUGACCAUUGUUCAUAAUAUCUCUGCAGAGAUGAUAUUUGCGUUCACGGGCGUAACCGAGAGGGAUUUCUAUCUGUUUUAACGACGAUUACCAAUCAGCACAUUCGAGUUUAUUUAAGUUCUAGUGGUUUUUAUGAGUGCCCCGUUUUCUCAACUCCAGUUCCUCCCAAAUACUCAAGUGAUGCGUUGUUCAUCGGUUGUAGCAAAUCAUCAUUAACAACACUUGUAAAUCAGUUCAUUCUGAUGUCUGUGUUAAGAAGAGGGCAUUUUGGACUAAAUGUUGAAACAUGCCGUAUCUUUUGUUUUCUUCUAAACAGAAUGUUUGCACGAGCACAUGGGAAAGUAAUCCUCGCCACUGGGUUUUUAGUUAAUGCACGAAGAAAAUCUUUCUUUUGCCAGAUAAUUAUUAUUGAGACACGAGGUCUUUGUUUUAUACUUCCUUUGCAAAGCCAGUACAACUCCACAUCUCUACUUUAGAGAGUUGUAAUAAACGACAGAAUCACUUUUUUUUUAAACCUAAAGUUACUCUCGAGGAACACGUAAGCAAGUCUAUUUUCCCGAACAGAGAGGUUCUGAGUUUUAAAUUCACUCCUGUAUAAAAGAAAAUUACCUGUAUAUGGCACACGUAUACAACAGGGAAGCCGGGAAAAUUGUACAGCAUGAACACUUACACUUCUUGUUGAAACAUUAUGUGAAAGUUUUCGUACGGAUUAUUAUAAUAAAGAUUUUACAAAUUA